AUAUUUGUAGUUGAAUCUUCCUUAUUAUUCCACUCACAUCUCAACCUUCUUCAAUCCAAUAAUGCCACCGGUUCACUCCACUUCAUACUUCCAAAUGGACAACCCGGCCGCCAUACUGUCUUUGCUCCGUCCAACUACCUGCGACAAGCACAAAAAGUCCAACAGCGGUGGCGGCGGCCUCUUGCGCAUGUUCAAGCUCUUCCCCAUGCUAACCUCCGGCUGCAAAAUGGUCGCGCUAUUGGGCCGACCACGGCGGCCGUUGCUGAAAGACAGUGCCACCACGGGUACCAUUUUCGGAUAUCGCAAAGGCAGGGUGUGCUUAGCGAUACAAGACGAUCCCCACAGCGUACCGGCGUUCAUCAUCGAACUACCGAUGCUCACGAGCUUGCUUCAAAAGGAAAUGGCCUCCGACAUAGUGAGGAUUGCGUUGGAGAGCGAGACCAGGACGCAUAAGAAGAAGGUGCUGGAGGAGUUCGUGUGGGCGGUGUUCUGCAAUGGGAGGAAGAUGGGGUAUUCUAUCAGGAGGAAACAAUUGUCCGAUGAUGAGCUCCAUGUUAUGCAGCUGCUCCGAGGUGUUUCGAUGGGCGCCGGUGUUCUUCCUAGCCCCAACGACAAGGAAACCGACGGGGAAUUAACGUAUAUGAGAGCUAGAUUUGAGAGGGUGAUCGGAUCCAAGGAUUCGGAAGCUUUUUAUAUGAUUAAUCCCGAUGGUGUUGUGCCUGGUCCGGAACUCAGUAUUUUCUUUGUAAGAUCUCGCUAGAAAAAUUUAUACACUAAUACCAUACAAGACUAUUCUCCUUUAAUGUUUCGACAUUUUUGAGAAUAAGAUGAACACUUUGUCUGAAACUUGACAAUGGACAUGGAGAUGUUCAAUAA